ACCUGACGCGCCGACGCGUUACUCACGUGAUCCUAACGAAAAUGUGAAAUUCGCUGCGUACCUCCUCUUGCUUCCCUUCCACCACAAGCAACCCACAUUCCUAUGGCAGCACGUCAUCCGUAUCCUCCUAUGCCAUACCCGACCGACCCCUUUGGGAUCUACGCCUUCAUGGCACGUAUCGAUGCGCGUCUCGACCGGAUAGAGAACCAGAUGGAGGCGACCGGCCUCAGCCUAGGGUACCUUGUUACGCGCAUAGACGAGAUUGAGGAACGCCUAGAGAGCAUAGAAGAUAACAACCAGGGCAUCGAGAACAAAAUUAUCGAUAUGGAUUCGCGUUUUGACGACAUUGAUUCAAAAUUGGAGGAUAUUGACAUGGAGGCGUUGACAGAGGGAAUCGACGGGGUUGUCAGGGAGAGCCUUGAGGAAUUAAACUUAGACGCAGUGGAGCGGAUGGCUGCUAUAAACCAUAACACGAACAUAUACCGUGCUAUCAGGGAUGCGGGGAAUCCGGACCUAUGGGGAGAUAUCAUCCUCGUCGAGGUCCCGUUUCCUGGGGGGCGAGAAGCCUACAAGCAGAGCCCUACCUCUCCUUAAGAAUCCUGAAGUUAUCAACAAUCUCAACGAUACAAAGCUGACGAUAUACUAUCGAGGAUAUUACCCUCGCAAAGCUGUACCGGAGAGUAGGGAUAAGCGUAUCAAGGCUAUUUGGAAGGCUAUUGGGUGGAAACUUGUUUGAUCU